GAUACGCCAUUGCACGACUAUAAGAAAGGAUGAGAAGAACCACCAUGAUGACUAUACAAGCACGUGAGUGCAUUUGAAAAGCAUAUCCAGCUAACCAAGAAGAGGGAAGCUGUGUAACGUCGAGAUUCAGCUAGUUUCGUUUCCUCAACUACAUUCUCAUCGAAAUAAUCCGAGCUCUGAGUCAUAAACGAUUCAGUUGUGCCCGAUAACGGGGAUGAUGUAUAUACAUGCAGACGCAGGCAGUCAACGAGAUGCCUCUCUAAGACGCGUGCGCCUCGCGAAUAGUCACGAUCGCGUUCACGACGAGAGUGUGUGCAUGUUGGUCGACGACAGCCGGCUGGCUGGUCUGGUUCGGCACUCGGGCGUGGUUUUUCAGGCGCGGUGUGUCUGUGUGAGCUGCUACCCGGCCUAGGAGAGACGAGGCACCCCCCGAACAUCUUCGAGCCCUGAUCAACCGGGGGACCGACCAGCCAGCUCAGCGACUGUCGACUAGAGGGACUGGAAGGAUCGCGGCGUUCACGCCGGUUGCCGAUCGUGUAUAGUCUCGAGUCGUGGGAUCCAUUAAGUUCUAGUCUCGUAGACGACUACUGGCGUAGGACGAUCGCGAGGUCACCGCGAGUUAAAUGAUACAUCGCGACGAGGCCCUGGACCAUCGAAAAUCCGUCGACAGAUCGCAUUAUGAUGCUGAUGGGAUAAGACUAACGAAAAUGUCUUUGACAGCCAGCAAGCUCUUUCUCCAGAAACAUAAAAUGAGAUAUUAGACGUUUCGUGCACAGGGAUCGGUGCCAUGCAGGUCCGCCUAGAUGGGAAGCUGGGGUUGCUGUAUACUCUAUUGGUUUUGCAGGUUCUAAUUGUUAUGAUCUAUGUCGCCACAACCCCACCAGCUGAAUUGACUGCGUCAACGACCCGUGCAUCUGUCAGUUUUGUCAAAUUUGAGGCGUCGCAGGAACUGCAAAUAAAUCAAGGCAAUCAUAAAAAAUCACCAAUUUACCAGACAAUCAAUGGGGAGAUAGUAUUGAAAGAUGUCAAGACUUUUAGGCUGUUUGAAAUAUAUAAUCGCACUGUAUGCUGGAAAUUUGGAGUAGAUGAGCAUAAAAUGAGAAGCAAUGAACAUCUAGAAAGAUGUAUUUGCAAUCAAGGAUGGCACGGCUGGGACUGCGGACAGCCCGAAGUCGUAUGGAGGGCGAUUAUGGCGUCGAAGCAGAACAUUAGUCUAAAACGUCGUAAAACAGCUAGACACAUUAUCCAUACCUUCUUUCUGAGCGAUUACAAUUCAGGCAUCGCCGAAGUGAUAGUAGAGGAACUCUACAACGUGGUGGAUCUUUUUGUGAUUUGUGAUUUUAACAAUGCAGAGGAUAAUUUCCGACACAAACUGUCCAAGGGACUGUUACAACGGGAGCAAAGAAAGAUCUUAUACAUCAACGUAGCGACUAAGUCUCGCAAACCAUCGAGGAUAGUAUCGAAAUACGUCUGGGAUAAAAUCAAGAGUGUGGUACAGAAUUUAAAGGACGAUGACAUCUAUGUAAUGACGGAACCCGAACAGAUACUGAACUCCAGGGCAUUAAUGUUCCUUAAAGUGUACGACGGUUGGGCUCAGCCUAUCGGAUUUAGAUUAAGAUGGUCGGUAUACGGCUUCUUUUGGCAGCAUCCCCUCAAAACAACGAUAACGCUCGGCGCAUACACCGUCGGUCUGAUGCGUAACGCCUAUCAAUCUAACUCACUUGUAUUGCGACAGCAAUUAGACGGAGACACCAGCGAGAGAGAUAUUUUAGGAUUAGUCAUAGGAGAUUUAAAUCAUUACGGCGGAUGGUACUGUAAUCUGUGCCAAGCGCCUGCAAAUAUUAUUAUCGGUCUUCGCAACAAGGUCCGGUCUAAGGAGAUUCAUAUCGAAAAGACUAUAGAUGUGCCGUUCGUUGAGGAUCUAAUAGGAAGCGGACUAUGGUUAGAUGGUAAAACCAGUCUUCUGAGAGCUUCUAAAUCUAGAGAUUCCUACUUUGCGCCUGAAACGAUUCUCAAUAACACAUGGAAGUACGAUUGGCUAAUAGAAAAUUUUUAUGCUAAACUAGAUUACUAUUGACAUACUGGUCGCACCCGACUGUGAUAUUAAUUUAUACUCGAUACUCAAUGUACACUAAUGUAAUAUUAUAUACACUGAAUUUAUAUACAUUAAAUAUUACGU